CUAAUUAGUGAUUUAUUAAAAUCAGUGAAAAUAAUGAUUAAUUCAUUUUAUUACCAAAAUUUGCUACACCAUGUAUUAUUGUAGGUAGUUGAAAUUGUGAACAAAAAGAAAAAAAAUACUUACCACAGUACAAUAAAAUCAAGUGCAAAGAAUUGAGUACAUAUAUAAAUCAUUUAAUCGAUCCUAUUAAUUUUAUGACGAGGUGUUAACGUAAUUAUUAUUUUUUUUCUGUAAAGGUGACAUGUCAAUUAUAAUGAACAAACAAAUUAUUGAUUACUAUAUCAUAAAGUUGGAGGAAGAAUAAUAGAAUUAUACAAUUAUUUUCGAAUAAUUUAACACUCAUUUAAUUGAUUGAUAUAUAUGUAUAUUUCUAUUCUAUACAUAUACAUAUAUAUUUCACCCUUAUGACCUCUAAAUUAUGUACGAGAUACUUAUCAAGUUAUAUAAUUAAGCGGCCUAUAUGGUUAUCAAAAUAAAAAAAUCAAACAUUUCUACAAUUUUUCAAGAAAUAAAAGAAAAAACCGGACUGGAGAAAUGUUCGUGAGCGCUUCGAUAAAAUCACUUAAACGAUCUAUAACAGUGAUUACUCAAUCGUAUGAGAAUUUACCAAAUGUGUAUGAAGCUUGAAUAUGUCUUAAGUAUAGGAAUUGCAUUGCCAUGAAGAUUAUGAGGAGAAUAAUAAGUUUACACUAUAUAUCUCCAUGCACGUGUAGGAACGAUGAUGCGCAUGAUUAAGAACAAGCGCGACUGCUAAAAGUAUUACGUAAAACAAUAUCAUAUAUAUUUAUAUAUUGGAUCUCUGUCGAAUUAAAUUACAAAACGAAAAAGAAGGAUCACCCAACUUUGCAGGUAUUACCUAAUUUUGAAAUAGGAUAAAGGUGAUGCGUGGCAGCAGUUCAGAGUUAUUGCUGGACGCAAGCAGUCAAAGUCAAGCCACCAAUCCAUACAAAUACGAAAAACAAGAGCAGGCAGAGUUACGUCGUCGCAAACUGUUGGAACUCGGGUUCGGCGCUAGGCGCCAACCGCUACGGCGAACUUGCCGUCAGCGGUUUAAUUUCUACGCUACUUCAGCAUUAGCAUUUGUUGCCACAUCUGGUGGUGCUGCGCUGCUUUUUCUAGUUCCUCUGUAUGUUGAUCCAGCAAUCAGUACACUAGCUGCUGAUUUUUCACCUGAACCGGUCAUUUGUACCACAAUCCGUCGUGAAGAUAUUCUUGGCCUCUUCAACUGCACUUGGAGCUCCUGUCGUGAAGGCUGUACCAGCGAUGUUUACAGAUGUACCCACAUAUACGUUUCAUACACUCCAUGGACCAAUAAUACUAAUAGAACACUUUCGUGGACAAGUGAUUUGGGAAUUGGUGAUAAAAGCACUUCCAACACAACAAUUCAAUCACCUGUUACUGUUUCAUCGAAUGAGGUCGAAGCGGUUCUUAAGGUGAACAUCAAAGGUUGUGGCUAUCCCCCUGUAGUCAAUUGUGAGAACUUCACGCGUGAGCUUGGAUACACGGGUGCUAAAUUUCCCUGCCAUUAUAGUCGCAUCAACGGCAGUAUAGUGAUGGCUAAUUACAACCGCGAGGCUCAAGUAGAGACAAUAAUCCAUUUUCUUGCGGCGCCUUUUGUAGUGACACUCGCUACGAGUAUUGCACUAUGUGUAAUGCAUUGUGACUGCAGAUGCGUGGUACCCUCCCAUCGUCAAUCGCGUGGAAUGAGAAAAAUCAGAAUAAGCAAUCUCAGUGAUCAAUCGAUAAGCAAUAGAGUGGACCGAAGAGGACAUACGGAAGCUCACUGCGACUGCGGGGAAGUAACACGACCAUUAUGACAUAGGGAUGAGACGACUGAGAGUGUGCUGGCCACAUCUCAGUCGGAUCUAUAAAAGGAAUCCAGUCAUUAUUUCCAAUAUGAUUAACAUGACUUUCUAAUGAUUUUCGAUCUUCCAUGGAAUUAAAAACUGCAGUGACUAUCGAUCGAAUAUUGGAUACUUUGAAGCACCAAGAUUCGUGCUGAUAGAACAAAAAAUAUAAUAAUUUAAGAGAUAGCUAAGUGAAAUGCCAUUAUUAUUUAACGGGUAUAAAAAUAGAAAUAAAUAAAUAACAGGAUAGAAUUGAAUCAAAAUAAGUAGGAUAACAUGAAUUAAUGUGGUUAGCAGUUGACUGUUCGUUAACGUGCUUUAUACAUUUGUGGACGUAUCACUAUAUAAUCGCACUCGAGCUUCAAGAGUGCAGUGCUGCACCGGUAUUGAUUGAUACAAUAAUAAUGAUGGUAAGGGUCGACGUUUAUUACGCUACAUAUUAAUGCUCUUAUCAUCAUUAUGUAUGAUUCGAAAUAAUGAAUAAAUUGAUUAAUGCAGUACACAUAUAUAGAUUAUAAGAAAAAUGAAAAACAAUAUCAUGUAGUUUUGUUCUUCAUAUCUUUAUCAACGAAACGAUGAAAUAGCAGAUAUAUAUUCGUAUGUAUACAUAUAUCUUGUAAAUCUAAUCACCAUUUGUGAAUUUCAAUAAGUUAGAGGAACUAUUUUGAAAUAGAGCCAGUGGUGUUCAACAACAUAUACAACUAAAAAAGCUAAUAUUUUUCAACAUUUAGGUUACUACUUUUUGCGUUUUACAAAUAUUCACUGAUUAGUUUUUUAAGAAUAAUGUUAAUCUUUGGAUGGAAUUAUUGGAGUGGUGUACUGAGAUAAAUAUUUAGCUUUUUAUCACAAAAAUAUGCUUUGUUUAAUGUUUAUGAUAGUUAUUUCAAUUAUUUCGUCUUUGAAUGAAUAUUAUUGUUUUUAAUUUAACUUAUUGUUAAGUGAAAUGGAAAAAAUUGUUUUUACAGUUGAAGAAAUAAUUAUUAUUUUUAAAUCUAAAUCUUCUCUCAGUACAAUGUUAUCAUUCGAUCAUUUUUAUUUUUUCAUUCACUCUAGAAAUAUUCGUAAAAAAUUAAAAUGAGUUAUUUUUAUGAAUAGUUGAAAUGAGAUUAAGACAAAAAAAAUUUAUAAUAAUUUUUUUUUUUAAUACUUUAAUUGCAUACAUACUCUCCCUAAAUCCACUUUUUCAUGUAGGGUAGAGUUGAGUCUAUAUGACUUGGAGCAAUAUUUCAGUUGAAAAAUAUUUGUUCUAAAAAAAAAAAAAAAAAUGAAUAAACUUUAUAACAAAUGUUUUCUAUUCGAAAAAAAAAUUUAUUCAUAGCGAUAAGAAAUGUUAAACAAACUUAAAAUGAAGUUUUAAAACUCAACAAUUACCUUUAAGGCAAAUUCGAGGUCACCAUGACCUACUGUAUAGUUUAAAUAUUAGCCCUUAAUACAUUUAUUUUUCUAAAUUAAUGAUAAUUAUAUUCCAGAGUGAAUGGAAAAUUAAAAUAUUCUGAUGGAAACAAAACCACCCUAAAAAAAAACCAAAAAAUAGCAUGUAUGUCUUAAUUAAAGACCACGAUUUGGAUUAUACUGACAGGGUCACAUAUAGUUGUAAAUAAAAAAUAAAACUAGAAUAUCGCGCUUCCUUAAACGAAAAAACAUAAGUAUUUAUAGUUACAAAAAGAAAAAAAGAAUAAAUAAAAACGCGAUAUAAUCAUAUAUAUAUAUAUAUAUAUAUAUAUUGUCCAAAAUUUGGUAAAAAACG